CAAACUCACUUCCUUGUCAACUUCCUUCACGGCUGCCCAGCGGAACGCAAGAAGUGUGUAUGCUCUGACUUCAGCAGAGGCCAUAUCUUCGUAAAUGCUGCACAGCCAAUGCAGAGAUCAGACAGACCAUGUAAAGGCUUUUAGCCAGCAAGCAAGCGUUUCAAGUUGAACCUAUCAGCGUUUGGAAACAUUUGAUACGCAUGCGCACUGUCUUUGAAUUCAAAGCGAGUAGUAGCAGCAGCGAGUGCUUUGAAAGCUAACAUGCAAAUGGCUGACAGAAUCAUUUCGGCGGUUUCGGAUUACCCUGAGUUGUAUAACGUAACUUUAAACUCAUACAGGGACUCACAGAGAAAGGCAAGGGCAUGGAGGGCUGUAAGUCUGCAAGUGGAAAUGCCUGUGGAUGACUGUCGGAAUAAAUGGAAGAACCUGAGGGACACUUUUGUCAAAUUCAAGCGGGCUGAGCAGCAGAGGAGAGCAUCUGGGGAGCUGGACAUUCACAAGAAGACCUGGAUGCACAGCAGAAGCAUGUCCUUCCUUACCCCCUUCAUCCAGCCCAAGGGCUUGCAAGGAGACACCACAGAUGAUUUGGAAGAGGAGGAAAGGGAGAGGAACAGGGAAAGUGCCACAGAAGGUGUGGACGAUAAAUCAGCCUACAUUAUCCAUGAGAUCGAGGGGGGCCAGGCAGACGAUGAGGAUGCUCCCUCUCCUGACACUGUGUCUGGAUCCAAUGGGCCCAGCCGGAAGAGGAGGUGGCAGAUGGAUGGACUGGAGGACAUAGAGGAUGAGAUGUUCUUCUUUAGUUUACUCCCGUAUCUUAGGAAGCUCCCCCAUAGAAAGAAGAGUGCUGUAAAAUUGAAAAUACACCAACUUCUACAUGAAGCAGCAUUCCAAUAACCCACUGCCCAGCCUCUGCCCUCAAUUCUGUUUCCAAGGUUUUGUAAAGCACAAGCCUUCAUUUUGUCCUGUUAUCAACUAUUGUUCUAUAUUCAGUUUGAUACUAUGCCUGUUUAUGGUUAUUGCAAAGUCAUUUGUUAACAAAUAAACACUUUCAACAUUU